AAGUGGCUGGAGAAGGCGGGCGGAAGCGGACGCGGCGGGCGGAGAGGAGAAGGCUGAGUGGCCGCAGCCCCCAAGCCGGGUGGGCUUGUGGGAGGAGACCGGGCUGCGGCCGCACUCUGGCGGCUCUCGUAGGCUCUGGUUCCCUUAGGGUGGGCGCGGGGUGAGGUGACCCUCACCUCUGUGUUCCACAGCAUGCACGGGCGCCCGGGAUGAUCUUCCCCGUCUCCCGCUGCGCGCUCCGGUGUCUGCAUCGGCCCGGAGGUCGGACCUUUCCCACCUCCGCCAUGGAGGUGGCCUUCCGAGGCGUCCGGAAAGUCCUCUGUGUGGCCGAGAAGAACGACGCGGCCAAGGGGAUCGCCGACCUGCUGUCCAAGGGUCGCAUGAGGCGGAGGGAAGGACUUUCUAAAUUCAACAAGAUCUAUGAAUUUGAUUAUCAUCUGUGUGGCCAGAAUGUUACCAUGAUAAUGACCUCGGUUUCUGGACAUUUGCUGGCUCAUGAUUUCCAGAUGCAGUUUCGUAAAUGGCAGAGCUGCAAUCCCCUUGUCCUCUUUGAAGCAGAAAUUGAGAAGUACUGCCCAGAGAACUUUAUAGACAUCAAGAAAACUCUGGAACGAGAGACUCGGCAGUGCCAGGCCCUGGUGAUCUGGACCGACUGUGAUAGAGAGGGUGAAAAUAUUGGGUUUGAGAUUAUCCACGUAUGCAAGGCUGUGAAGCCCAGUCUGCAGGUGUGGAGGGCCCGUUUCUCUGAGAUCACCCCCCGUGCUGUCACGAUCGCCUGUGAAAACCUGACCCAGCCCGACCAGAGAGUGAGCGAUGCUGUGGACGUGAGGCAGGAGCUGGACCUGAGGAUCGGAGCUGCCUUCACGAGGUUCCAGACCCUGAGGCUGCAGAAGAUCUUCCCCCAGGUGUUGGCAGAGCAGCUAAUCAGUUACGGCAGCUGCCAGUUCCCAACCCUGGGGUUUGUGGUGGAGAGGUUCAAAGCCAUUCAGGCUUUCGUGCCAGAAAUCUUCCAUAGAAUUAAAGUAACGCAUGACCACAGAGACGGCGUCGUAGAAUUCAGCUGGAAAAGGCAUCGUCUCUUUAACCACACGGCUUGUCUUGUCCUCUAUCAGCUGUGCAUGGAGGACCCCAGGGCGACUGUGGUGGAGGUCAGUUCUAAGGCGAAGAGCAAGUGGAGGCCUCAAGCUUUGGACACUGUGGAGCUGGAGAAGCUGGCGUCUCGCAAGCUGAGAAUAAGCGCCAAAGAGACCAUGAGGAUCGCCGAGAAACUCUACACUCAGGGGUACAUCAGCUACCCCCGAACUGAAACAAACGUGUUCCCCAGAGACCUCAACCUGACAGUGCUGGUGGAGCAGCAGACCCCGGACCCACGCUGGGGGCCCUUUGCCCAGAGCAUUCUAGAACGGGGGGGCCCCACCCCCCGCAACGGGAACAAAUCUGACCAGGCUCACCCUCCCAUCCACCCCACCAAAUACACCAACAGCUUGCAGGGAGAUGAACAGCGACUAUAUGAGUUUAUCGUUCGCCAUUUCCUAGCUUGCUGCUCCCAGGAUGCUCAGGGGCAGGAGACUACUGUGGAGAUUGACAUCUCUCAGGAACGCUUUGUGGCUCAUGGUCUCAUGAUUCUGGCCCGGAACUAUCUGGAUGUGUACCCGUAUGAUCGCUGGAGUGACAAGACCCUCCCUGUGUAUGAGAGAGGCUCCUGCUUUCAGCCCAGCACCGUGGAGAUGGUGGACGGGGAGACCAGUCCGCCCCAGCUGCUCACUGAAGCCGACCUCAUUGCCCUCAUGGAGAAGCAUGGCAUUGGUACUGAUGCCACUCACGCGGAGCACAUCGAGACGAUCAAAGCCCGGAUGUACGUGGGGCUCACCCCAGACAAGCGGUUUCUCCCUGGGCAUCUGGGCAUGGGACUGGUGGAAGGGUAUGACUCCAUGGGCUAUGAGAUGUCCAAGCCGGACCUCCGCGCCGAGCUGGAAGCCGAUCUGAAGCUGAUCUGCGAGGGGAGGAAGGAUAAAUCUGUGGUUCUCAGGCAGCAGAUCCAGAAGUACAGGGCAGUUUUCACCGAAGCAGUGGCUAAAGCUAAGAAAUUGGACGAAGCCUUGUCCCAGUACUUCGGGGAAAGGGCGGAGGUGCCCCCGGAGGAAGCCAUCUACCCGGCGGUGCCAGCUCCGGUCAGGAAGUGCCCGCAGUGCAACAAGGACAUGGUCCUCAAGACCAAGAAGAGUGGCGGGUUCUACCUCAGCUGCACGGGCUUCCCGGAAUGUCGAGCAGUUAUGUGGCUCCCUGACUUCGUGCUGGAGGCGGGCAGGGAUGAGAGUGUGUGUCCAGUGUGUCAGCCACACCCUGUUCACAGGUUGAAGCUGAAGUGUAAGCGUGGUAGCCUUCCCCCGACCAUGCCUCUUGAGUUCAUUGGCUGCAUCGGCGGAUGUGAUGAGACCCUGCGGGAGAUCUUGAACCUGAGGUUUUCACAGGGCCCCCCCAGAGCUUGCCCGCCAGCCAGCCAGCCCCCUGGCUACCUGCAGGCUAGCCAGUCCCUGAACCGAAUGGACAGCAGCCAGCACAGCCACCCCCUGCCCCCUGACACCAGGCAGCCCAGGCCCUUGAAGGCUCUGGCCCGGAAUCUACCACCAGCCACUGCUGCUGGUGAAAACGACUCUGUGGUCUGCAACUGUGGCCAAGAGGCCGUGCUGCUCACCGUCCGGAAGGAGGGCCCCAACCAGGGCCGGCAGUUCUACAAGUGCCCUGCUGGCAGCUGCAGCUUCUUCCUGUGGGCCAGCGGCAGCUGCCCGGACCCUCCCUCUUCUGCACCGAGACCCCCCGGCGGCUCGCUGGGACGCCCCCCUGGCUCAGGGAACCGCCCCGGUGGGGCUGGUGGCCCUGGGGAUGAUUCUGGUGGUGGCACGUCCUGCCUCUGUAGCCAGGCCGCUGUCACACGGACGGUGCAGAAGGACGGGCCCAACAAGGGCCGCCAGUUCCACACGUGUGCCAAGCCGAGAGCGCAGCAGUGCGGCUUCUUUCAGUGGGUGGACGAGAACGUGGCGCCAGGGGCUUCUGGAGCCUUGCCCUGGCCAGGAGGCGGCGGGAACACCCGCGGGCCCCAGUCCACGAGCAAGAGAGCGUGGGCCAGCUCCUCAGACCCGGGGUCCACGGCCAAGAAACCGCGGAAAUGCAGCCUUUGCCACCAGCCUGGACACACCCGCCCCUUCUGUCCUCAGGGCAGAGGAGGGUGACAGGGCGCUGCCUCUGCUCAUCCCUUGUCUCCAGGAGGAGCUGUCUUCCUAGGACCAAGCGGCCCUUCACCCCCUGGGGGUGUGGGGAGGGGCUGCAUCUGGCCGGCCUGUGUUAAGGAGUCCAGGUCAGACUGCUCCUCAAGGCCACCCUGUGCCUGGGCUCCGAGUGACCACGCCACUGCUGAGGCGCAGGAGCUGCUGGGACCCCCGCAGGGGCCCGUUCGCGCUGCGGCAGCAGCUGUGGCCUCCGGGGCAGGAGGACUUCUCCACGGACAUCCUGAGAAGGAGGCGUAAUGCAGCCGUGGCUCUUGCUCUGAAAUUGUGUCUACAGAAGACUUACUCCCCUUUAUCUAGAACCUGUGGCCAGGACACACCUGCUCAUGUGCCUUAAUAAAGAGUUUCACCCCUUCACUCUGGUGGGUCAGGUGCAGAGUCUGGGGAACGGUGGCAGGAGCAGUGGGUGUAGAUACCGGCCAGUGCCCAGGGGACUCUUGCCAGCCUCUGGCCCUCAUGGUCUCCCUCCAGCCGAUGCCCUUUUCCCCUGUCCACAUGGUAAGCGGAAGCCCAACUUCUCGCAGCUUGUCCUGCAGAGAAGGUAGUGGGUGCACGAUUCAGAAUCUGUCUCCCACACCUCCAAAGGCUGCCACCUUCUUGUGAACAGCACUCAGCAUACUUACUGGCUUUGUUGUGAGGGUUAGAAGGUAAGCAGAGUGGGUGUGGGCUGCCCAGUCACGUCACUAGUGCUGAACAAAUGAACACUCCUUAGGUCUUGGGACGCCUGGCCCUGCGCGGGCUGGGUGGCAGGUGGACAACGUUUGGAAUUGCUCCUGGAGCACCUCAUCAGUGGUAUGGGUCAUGGCCCUGCAUCUGUGAGGUCUUGGGCUCCCCCAGCCCCAGAAACCACCAGUCCAUAUUCUGCCUCUGGUUCUACCUAUUCCAAACAUUUCAUAUAAAUGGAAUCAUACGUGCCAGCCAGUGUGUCCCAGUGGUUGUGUUGACCAUGAACCAGAAGGUCACCAGUUUGAUUCCCAGUCAGGGCACAUGCCUGGGUUGCAGGCUUGAUCCUCAGUGUGGGACAUGCAGGAGGCAGCCCAUCAAUGAUUCUCGUGUUUCUAUUUCUCCCUCUUCCUUCCUCUC